AUGGCAGUGGAGAAGCGCCUGGCGUUCUCUAUUGUGCAGUUCCUGCGAGAGCAAACACAUUGUGGUGUUUUGAAUUCUGAUGAGCAAGAGAGCCUCGAAGUUGCAAUACAGUGUCUGGAAACCACCUUUAAGAUCACCUCCAGCGACUCCCAGCUGGCGGCGCCGCAGCCGCUGACAGAAAUAUUCCUCAAUUCCCUCCUAAAGAAUGACAACCUAACAGCGCCAGAAACCUCCCCACCUCCAGAAGACGUCGAACGAGCAGAGCAACUCAAAAAUGAAGGAAACAACCACAUGAAGGAAGAGAACUACAGCUGUGCAGUGGAGUGCUACACUAAAGCCAUUGACCUGGACCUAAGAAAUGCUGUUUACUACUGCAACAGGGCUGCAGCUCACAGUAAACUGGGAAACUAUACAGAGGCAACUGGUGACUGUGAGAGAGCCAUAGGUAUCGAUCCUAGCUAUAGCAAAGCUUAUGGAAGGAUGGGAUUGGCUUUGACUGCCAUGAGCAAGUAUCCCGAGGCAAUUUCCUACUUCAAAAAGGCGUUGGUAUUAGACCCCGAGAACGAUACCUACAAAUCAAACCUGAAGGUCGCAGAGCAGAAGCAGCGAGAAGUGACCAGCCCAAUCGCUGCAGGACUGGGAUUUGACAUGGCUAGCUUAAUCAACAACCCUGCCUUCAUCAGCAUGGCCGCAAGUGUGAUGCAGAACCAACAAGUGCAGCAGCUUAUGUCGGGGAUGAUGUCAAAUGCGGUGGGGGGCCCAGCAGCAGGAGUGGGAGGAAUGUCAGACAUCUCCAGCUUGAUUGAAGCAGGACAACAGUUUGCCCAGCAGAUCCAGCAGCAGAACCCAGAGCUGAUAGAGCAGUUAAGGAACCACAUCAGAAGCCGCUCCUUCAGUGGAAGUGCCGAGGAGCACUCAUGAUCUACACAGGAGCAGGUUUUACUGGAGGAGGGCAACCAUAUGUCGUGAUUACAAUCUCUACACCCAUUUCUUAAACUCAAACCACCGGCAUAGCUGGAAUGAAGAGACAAAGAUGGGGUCGAAGGCACUUUACUAUAACUAGGGCUCUGGAGUCAAGAGGCAACGGAAUAGCGGCUAAACCAGGGGAAUAGGAUCCGACACACAUCUAGGCAUCAGGGCAAAUCAGCAACACACGUGUAUCCAAAAUUAAUUCAAGAGACGUCAUCGACCCACGCAUCCAAACGUAGUGACAAAUGCGAGUCAAAUUAUUUCUUCAGAGCUUUUUUUUUUCCAUUUCAAAAGGAUCGUGUUUUAUAUUCGUGCUGAAAAUGCUGCCCUCGUGACGUAGCGGCGCCCCUUCUGUCUCGCGAUGGCCGCCAGGGGGGCAGGUGAAGGACGCGUUUGUAAAAGCGUCGGCAGGAAACGUUUCUGCUUCUCCUCAUACAAAACCAACAGGACAUCAGGUUUACCUUGUUUUAUAUUGCAUCGUGUACGAUCCUCUUUGUUUUUGUUUUUGUAUGAAAAUGUUGUGUGGUGUGCUGACACCCGAUCCUUGAAUGUGCGGGACCGAAACAAUUUAACCACUAGAUAGUGAGCUAUUUCCCAAUACGGAAGUGUCAUUGUGUGAUACCGCUGAUGUUUGCAGCCCAAAUCGUCAUCUUAUUAUUGCACUUUAGCAAACGUGUGUGCGCCAUUACACCUUUAUGCCUAUUUAAUUGUUCAUUAGCUAGUAUGGAAAUGUUAUAACUGUUCUUUUUGCAUGCUCAUAAAUCCGAGUUUUUAUGUUUAGAUGCUUUAUGGAAGCAAAUGAAUAUGCUGAAAUCAAACAUGCUACACCAUGAUAAUAAAUGUCUUGAAAUGGAAGAAUUUUCUUGGCCUACUCUCACCACAAAUAUUCCUCUCUCUCCGUUACGGUGUCUGGAUUAGCCAUCUCUCACGGUUAAGUUACAAAAGAGUUUUAUAAAUAGUGUAUAACAGAAAAGGACGAGGUCCGGUUAUUAGAUCUCACAUUACAACACACUGAAAUCUGGCUUUCAAGUCUUUACCUGUAUGGAUCUGAAUGACUGAUCAGUGAAUGGUCCUUUAGGAACAAAGAGACUCUCCUCCUCUCUUCCUAUCAACUGACAAUAACCAGAAAUAAGAGAAUGAGGCGUUCGGGUACUGCAGCGGUCUAUUCCGUUGCCCACCAACACGGGGAUCGCCGGUUCGAAUCCCCGUGUUACGUCCGGCUUGGUCGGGCGUCCCUACAGACACAGUUCGCCGUGUCUGCGGGUGGGAAGCCGGAUGUGGGUAUGUCUCCUGGUCACUGCCUUAGCGCCUCCUCUGGUCAGUUGGGGCGCCUGUUCGGGGUGGGGGAGGAGGAACUGGGGGGAAUAGCGUGAUCCUCCACACGCUACGUCCCCCUGG